UGCUUGUAUUUACAUUUGGGGGGAUAUGACGUCAUAUGUUUUGAACAAUAGUGACAGCGGGCAGCUUUUUGCUAGUUGCUAGCUAUUGCUAGUUAUUUAGUCUAUUUCCUCUGAAUUAAUUUAUCCUGCAUUCCUGAUGCACCAGUAAGGGCAAACGAUUAAAAUUCCCGUCCACACCUCCUUUUUACUUAUUAGGUUACUUUCAAUCGAACUGUGGUGAAAGUCAUUAUGGACCUUCACAAGAUAAUCCACGAUGCAUUGCAUGAGUUCAUACAGACAUACAUUCCUGGUGCAGACCUCAGCACCUUGGAUGAUGUACUUUUGUCCUACAUUACUGGAGUUUUGGAGGAUCUGGGUUCUCAGGAGAGUGUGGAAGAGAACUUUGAUGUGGAGGUGUUUGCUGAGAUGCUAGAGGCCUAUAUCCCUGGCUUUGCUGAAAUUGACAGUGUCAAAGUCUGUGAGAUGAUGUUCAGCCUGGCCUCAAAAUUAGCCACAGCCCGAAGUUCAGAAAAGAGUGCACCUAAGGCUGGUUUUGAAGAUUUACCUUUAAAGCUCAGCCCCAUAUCUACUGUUCCACCGCCAAGAGAAACCAAUCAUCAGAUAACACAGAUAGAGGGUGCCACCGCAAAGAUAACCAUCCCUGAAUUUGAGGCUCAGGAGCAGCACCUCCUGGAAAUGUUCCCCAAGUGCAGCCUAUCAGAUGCCAGGAGUGCCCUGUCCAUCGCAAAGGGAGAUAUGGAGGAAGCUGUGCGCCUCAUCAUCGAGGGAGAUGUCCAGUUUAGCCCCUCCCCUCUCAAUGUACACCAUGGGAAGAUUGUGUCUCGACAAGGAGACCAGAAGAUGAAAGAGAGCAUCCUGGAGAAAUACAUGCUGGUGGACAGAGAGGAUGAUAAGAAAACUCACAGGCCAGUUGUACCCAAAGAGGCCCCCAAAAAGCUUGUGCGUUACCACAGCAACCAGGUGGUGACCACCAAAGGAGAGCGUUACCACCUUGUGAAGAAGGAGGAUUCCGAGGAGAUGAAAAAGACUUAUGUUAGCAUCAAGCCUGCUCGUAAAUACAGAUUCCAUUGAUGACUGGUUGCCAAGGACCGGCAUUUUUUGUCUUUUUCGAAGUAUUGUCUACAUUUCCCUGGUAAAGGAAUACUUCUGUGUUGGUA